AAUAAUGCAUUGCUUGAAAAUUGUGUUUACUUUGAUAACAUUUGAAACUGUGAUCAUAUUUGGUCACCAGUUGUCCAUCACAUUUGAUCCGCCACUCAUUCGUGGACUUAAACAAUGGGACUCUCAAAACAUAUCGUUUACAAUCGCUGCCACAACAGAUGUAGACUUUAACAAAACCACUGAUGACUAUAAGCUAGUCUUGGAUUUGGUACAGUUCUCGCAAAAGCACCGGCAGGUUAUCGAGUUUGUCGAUCACAAUACAUAUGACUUUAAACUAACGGAAAGUGAGCCGAUUUUCAGUUCACAAUUGAAGAUAAAAGCCUUAUUUCUGGGUUACUCUAACAUCACUUUUCAUGUACUGAAAAAUGACACUUUGGUCGACACUUUGGAUGACUUUUCAGUCAGUGUUAUCCGAAAGACUUCAAUUUAUGAUGCAUUGUUUGGUGUCAUUAUAGUUAUAAUGGUUACAAUCAAUUAUAUUAAUAUGGGCUGUCAUCUUGACCUCAAUGUCGUCAAACAGACUCUUAAGACACCCAUUGGACCUAUCAUUGGAUUUGUUUGUCAAUUCUCUAUAAUGCCAUUAGGCUCAUACCUAAUAGGAUGGCUUAUAUUUAGUGAUGACAUAAACUUGCGUUUGGGGUUAUUUACAUUGGGAUGUUCACCGGGAGGAAACUCCAGCAAUUUUUGGACACUACUGUUCAAUGGAGACGUCAAUCUAAGCAUUACUAUGACUUUCAUCAGUACUAUUGCCGCCUUAGUAAUGAUGCCAUUCUGGUUAUUUACAUUGGGCCGCACGUUAUUUCCCGGAAACAUCAAAAUCCCGUACUUUAAUUUGAUGACAUCACUAAUAAUGCUUACGUUUCCAAUGGUUAUCGGAUUACUGAUUAAACAUUACCGACCAAAUUGGGCUAAAAUAUCACACAAAAUCAUUAAACCGUUUACUAUAGUUGUAGUGACAUUUGGCAUACUGGGCAGUGUUAUCAUUUAUAAUCAUAUAUUUGUUAUGUUCACGUGGCCUAUUGUAUUUGCAGGUGCUUUGGUAGCUAUUAUUGGCUAUAGUUUAGGUGCAAUCAUAUCAACAAUUUUUCGUAUGAAAAGUUCACAAAUAGUGGCCAUUUCUAUUGAAACCGCCUAUCAAAAUGGUAGCAUUGCUUUCAUAUUGUUAUUACUAUCACUAGAACAGCCCGAUUCCGACAUUGCCAGUGUUCCAUGUAUUGCACAGUUAUUAAUAACUGGUCAGCCUCUUUGGUUUGUCUACCUGGGCGUCAAAAUAUAUCAAUACUUUAAGAAUAAAGAGGAAAYCACUGAUAAAGUUCCGUCAAAUGAUACGAAAAGUGACAAUACUUUAGAAAAGUCCUGUUAUGACGGGCCGUACAAUGAAAAACCAAAGAUAACUAACGGAGAUAUUGAGAGUAAUAAUAUUACAGAUGAUAAUAACCAAAGUAUCACAAAAAUAUAA